UAAUGAUUGUUUAGAGUAUUUCAGCUUCACAAAUGGCAGUUUCAUUUUGUUGGGACCUAAAAGGCAAGCAAAUCGUCUAAACGUAAUGUUUACAAACCAUUAGAAUCCUUCUAAAAAUUCAUAGAAAUUAGUGAACAAAAUUACGACUUAACUAUGAUGCAAGUAAAAGGAGAAGAUUUAAUAAACAAAAAACAUGUCGAGAAGGUUAUGAAGCUGAUGCAUACAAUUUACAAAUAUAAAUACUUCUUUAGCAUCAAAGGUUUCUUUUCGCAAUGUUUAGAUGACUUAAUGAAAGAGAUUGAUCUAGCUGUUCAAGAAUGUAUAGCUCGAAAUUCUGACAGAACUGUAAAAAUAGCUGAAAUAAAUCUUGGAAGUAAUGACAUUGCUAUUUGCCCAGAAGAACAAGAUGAAGUAAUCGAAUUAUUAACUAGAACGCAUAAAGAAAGGCGAAACUUCCUCGGUCACUUUCCCAUUUGGAAAGCUUACCGAUUAGAAACUGUAAAGUGCUUGCGUGAAAUUGCUGACGAACUGCGGAAAGUUGAAGAACAUAAGAAUAGCCUGAAUUUAGUGGCAAGUUUAUCUGGAUUAGGUGCAGGCUUGAUUAAAGUAGCAAAAACGAUGAAAGAGUACGUUACUGUGCCUGAAUACGUAGAAAAAGCUGCACCUUUACUUUCUGCAGUCAAUGGAGUUAUAAGGGGAUACACAUGUGUCACACAUGAAGUCAAUCUCGAACAACUCACAAAGAGAUCGGAAAAAGUUAUCAAGGACGAUAAAAGACAAUUCGAAGUAAUGAUGCGUUGGUUCGAUUAUAAUGUCAAACUCAUGGACGCUGUCAAAUCAGCAAUUGGUAUAAAACUAUAUGAAUUUGUUUUCGUUAAGCUCAAAAGAGUUUAUGAUGAAACUAGGUCCUCCAACCAACCUAAUGGAGAAAAUUGGAAAAAGCUUUUUGACACCAUGGUUGAGUUUUUGGUGAAAGAAGGUCACAGUGUUAGUUUGGCUGUUCCAUUAGCAGCAGUUUCACUGAAGUUGUUUAUCUUGUUUUCAUCAGCUUUGUUGUCUCUCGAUUGGCCAGGAGCAGCGCUAUAUGUUUCUCGAACAGCAAGUAUUGCAAAAACUGUGGUAUAUGGUGCUCAUGCUGCUCUAGCUGCCAAUGAAGUUUUAAACGCAAAAGGCGAAUGCAAUAGUAAUGUGGGUUCUUAUGCUGGAAUAAUUUUAGACUUAGGACCAGCCAUUAUUGAUUUUUCAGGUUUGGUAAAGGGUGAUGCAACUGGUGAACAAGCAGCAAAUAUAAUCAAAAUUGCAGACACUAUCGAAGGAGAAAUAUCCAGAAUCGAGCACGUGUUCACAACACUUAAUUCAGAAUAAAAAAAUUAGUGAAAAUAACAUGAGGAGGAACUUGAUAUGUAAAUUCUUCUGAAGAUUGAACCAAUUAAACUAUUCCUAAAGCCCAGAGGAUACUAUUGUACAGAAAGCUUUCAAUAUUGGGGAUAUACUAUAAGCGCUACUUGAAAAAUUUAUAUAUAUAUAUAUAUAUAUAUAUAAGUUACAUAGAAACAAGGAAAACUUAAACUAUUACAAACAAACUAAACAAACCAACACUUAAACUAUUAUUUUUUGUAGAUAAUGUGAACCAACUUUAAGUAGCAUUUUUACACAGCAGUCUAUAGUUUGUUAUUAGUCCGCAAUAUAUUGUUCUUUUAACCUUCCAGAAGGCGUGCUUUUAUGUAUAUUAAUAGUAUAUAUACAUCUACAUUAUUUUCAAUAGUGAAAUUUUGAGAGCAUAAAUAUUAAAAUUGUAAAAGGAAAUAUUAAAAUCAUAAGGCUUAAGGCAGCUUAAGCUUCAUGAUUUUAAUAUUUUCUUUUACUAUUACCUUAAGCUAAGCUUAAGCUUAAACCACUACAAUUCAGUCAGAAAGAAUGUCAUCUUGAUUAAAAAUACAAAAUGAAAUUCGUCUCUAAUAUAUCUCUCACAUACGCACGUUAGCUGAAAGGUUAACAGUAUUAUGAAAUUUUGAAAUAUCU